AUGCUUGUUGCCCAGCCGCCCAAUCAACCUGUCACGUCUCUGUACCGGAACUGGCUCCUGUCUCGAACGACCCAGGCCUUUUUCCCCAACAGAACCGUUCUCAGGGUCCGCCGCCUUCGUCUCGUGAGCGAAACAUUUGCCCAGAGCCAACGCUUCUUCGAAAGUCUUUACUUUAUGUCGUGA